GGGCCUUCAAUGUUGGGCCUGUCCAAACUCGCGGCAAUAGACCGCAUGGCCCAAUAAAACCAGCCCAAUAGCCUGUCCGUGAAACAGAGCUGUAUUAGCAUCAUCAUCGCCAAAGAUUAAGGCAGCUACGUCUACUUGCUUCAUGCUCACCGCAGAGCUGCGCUCCACAUGAACAUUUGAUCAUCAUGGUUGCUUCUUUGCUGCUCAGGGGGCAUCCUCUCAUUCGGUUAGGGCUCAGGAACCGCGGGCUAUGUACUGGGAUCCUGCAGGUGACUCGCCGGUCUUGCUGCACUGCGAUGCCGGCGUCUACUCCACCGGGCGGCGGCUUAUCAUCUGCUGAAAAUACAACCUCUGUACUGAGUACCACUGACCCACCGAAGUACCAAAGGUGGGAUGAGCCUGGUUAUAGAAAGUGGAAGAAUCAGGAAGAGGAAAUUCUCAGCGAUAUCGACCCUAUCAUAUCCCUCACAAAGGAGAUCCUCCACUCCAAUAGGUAUGUCGAUGGGGAGCGAUUGACAUUUGAGGAUGAGAAAAUUGUGGUUGACAGGCUUCUAGCUCAUCAUCCACAUGCUGAAGAUAAAAUUGGAUGUGGACUUGAAUCCAUUAUGGCCUUGUGUGAUAGGACCUCAGAAAGUAGUUUCUUCUUUGCCACUUUUUUUUUGUUGGGGGAGGAAGAUCUCAUGAAGUUGCUUGACUGGAAGUCUAAACAUUGCUGCAGUUGCGUGGACAUAGUGGUUGUGAGCUCCGAGAACCUUAUGAAAUGAAUUCUAAACGGGAAAAAUUGAAGAAUUCUAAAAGUAUGCCCUACCAAUCAUUAGCUAAACGUGGCACAAAGAUAAAAGUUCGACUUUGUUCAAUAGCUACAGUAAAUAGAAUGGUUCGAAUUGGCAGAAGCUUCUGGUUUCACACCUCAAUCUUUACCAGAAUACUUGCCUACCUUGACUACCAAUCUAACAAACUUCCUAGGUAUUGAGUAAUUUACCCCUGAUAACAUUUGUAGCACGCCUCCUUAAGUUUCUGCCCGUGUGGUCAUGUAAUGGCCUCCAAUUGUCACUCAACUCCUUCCCAAUAAGAGGUAGAUUUGAACAUGCUUGAAGUUUGCAAGGACUGGGAAUCAACCUGUAUU